AUGCCACGCGAUCCUCUCAUCGGACUGGUGGGCAAGGUCAGUCCUCCAGAGUCGAUAUGCAUGCCCGGAGCCGACCCCGCUGACAAGAUGAGGGGCCCAGCCAUCAAGUGGAAAGUCAACCACCCUGAACAGUUUGACCGAUGCGACAUCAAAAGUUGCUUCACGACAAUUGACCCUCAGCGAGCCAUUGGGUACCUCCAGAUCGAAUGCGCGUGUCAGCGCCACAAUGUUUCUGAUCGAUGCCAACCCAACUACGGCGGUUGUCAUGAAGGACGGCGCUCAGUUCCCAUCGAGCUGCUAGACGUGGCAGGACUGGUCCCGGGCGCUCAUCAGGGGCGAGGCCUCGGUAACAAAUUCUUGGACGACCUGCGUCACGCCGAUGCUCUCAUUCACGUGGUGGAUGUCAGCGGUACAACUGACGCCGAGGGGAAAGCGACCCGAGGCUACGACCCCUCCGUGGAUAUCGAGUGGUUGCAUUCGGAAAUUGUACGAUGGGUGUUAGGGAACUUGAUGGAAAAAUGGGGAUCGAUUAAACGUCGACACGUUGCGACCAAGGCAAAUCCGGUGGACACUCUCCAAGGGCAAUUCUCCGGAUAUGGAAGUACUUCCUCCAUCGUGGCACGGUGUCUCGAUCGUCUGGCUCUGAAGGAGCCCCUGGAGGCGUGGUCAGACGAGACGAUUGAGACGGUCGUCAAGGCCUUUAUUGAUGAGAAGUUCCCCAUGGUCUAUGCUUUGAACAAGAUCGACCAUCCCGACGCAGACAAGAACAUAAGCAAAAUCGCCAAAAUGCAGGAUCCUCAGGCUAUUGUCCUUUGCUCGGCCAUUUCAGAAGUCUUUCUCCGCCGGCUCGCCAAGCAAGGUUACAUCAAAUACGUCGAGGGCAGUGAAUUCGUGGAUACCAGGGAAGACUUGAUUGAGAUGGGUGACCCAGACGGGGGCGGCCUGAAAGAAAUGGAUGAAAAGCUGAAAUCUCGUGUGGAGAACCUCAAGGACAUGGUCUUGUACCGGUUUGGAUCCACAGGGGUUGUUCAGUGCCUAUCACGAGCUGCUGAGCGUCUUGGAUUGGUUCCUGUCUUUCCUGUGCGGAAUAUCCAAACCUUCAACUCCGGGUCGGGAAGCGCAGUGUUCCGGGAUUGUGUCCUGGUCAACAAAAAUAGCACCGUUGGUGACGUUGCCCGGAAGGUGAUGGGUGAUGUUCCUAUUUCAUACAUCGAGGGUGUGGGAGGGACGCGCGUGUCAGAAGAAGAUAUUGUAGCGGUUGGAAAACAUGAUAUUCUGUCGUUCAAAGUGGGACGAUAA